ACCUUAUUCUGGCCGCAGAAUGCAGAUUCAAACAAGAAUUUUUUUUGACUUCACGCUUGGGAACGUGACGCCGUUUGCAAUUUCCCUUGGUUGACGUACAAUUUCGAGCAAAUUACGAUCCUGAAGCAAUCUUGUCACGUCAGUCAUUCAUCAUGGACAAACCACAAAUCAUAAUUCAUGCUACAAAAUCCUUGAACAUUACGCUGUACGACGUGAAAUGGAUCCCCAGAAGUGCCCGGUUCGUUGUGAUCGGUUGCCACCCGAGACAGACGGGGGCUUUGCAGGUCUUCGAGAUGGAUCAAGGAGAACCUAAAUUAAUACACGAGGUGGAAAAGAAAGAAGCAUUGAAAUGUGGGACAUUUGGAGCUUCUAGUUUGAAGCAGAGGGAUUUAGCCACAGGAGACUUUAAUGGCAAUAUGAGAAUUUGGAACCUGGAAAAGAUGGAGACACCUGUGUAUUCUGUAUCAGCACACAAGGAGAUCAUCAACUGUAUUGAUGGAGUCGGAGGUGCUGGUGUUGGUGAAGGUGCACCAGAGUUGGCAACUGGGAGCCGAGAUGGAGCUGUAAAAAUUUGGGAUCCAAGACAGAAGGACAAACCAGUAGCUUGCAUGGAACCUGCAGAUGGUGAAAGCAAGAGAGAUUGCUGGACUGUGGCAUUUGGUCAUGCACAUAAUAAUGAAGAUCGCUGUGUGGCAGCUGGAUAUGACAAUGGAGAUAUCAAACUGUUUGAUCUCAGGAAUAUGUCAUUACGAUGGGAAACAAACAUAAAAAAUGGGGUGUGUGGUCUGGAGUUUGAUCGUAAGGACAUCAACAUGAAUAAACUAGUUGCUAGCACCCUUGAGGCUAAAUACCAUCUCUUUGAUAUGAGGACACAACAUCCAAAGUCCGGCUACGAGUCUCUCAGUGAGAAGGCACAUAAAUCAACGGUAUGGUGUGCAAGACAUUUGCCUCAAAACAGAGAUGUUUUUAUGACUUGUGGAGGCUCUGGGACUCUCAACUUGUGGAAAUAUGAGUACCCUACAUCGAGAGUAGAAGAAGACUCUAAUGGUGUACAGAAAGGUGUGAUGGGUUCAGUGUCUAUGCUCCAGAGUGUAGGGAUAUCCACACAGCCUAUAGCAGGCUUUGACUGGAGUCCAGACAAGGCUGGUCUCUGUGUAUGCUCAUCAUUUGAUCAAUGUAUCAGGGUACUUAUCGUCACCAAGCUCGGGACAUUAUGAUAAACAUGACGCCACACGGAAUACUACUAUCGGGACAUUUUGCGCUGGAAAAACUCACAGGUUGUAAAGUCUUUGGUGAACUGACAUUCAUUACCUGACCCUGAAAAACAGCGCAUUUCUUUCAUGGCGUAGAUGAAGACCAGGGACCCGUUUCACAAAGCCUUUUUUCAAUGACAAAUUACAAAAAUCAGUGACAUAUCUACUGAAAACCAAUCAGAAGCAAGGAUCAUGGUAGCUUUUAACAAAAACUAUCAUUCAUCACUGAUGACAAGUUUUGUGAAAUGGGGCCCAGAUAUGGCACAAGGCAGUGCACCACUGAUCUUAUCCUCAAAACUAAAUAAAAAUAUGCUGUGAGGAAGAAUUAUUAAAAAAUUAAAAAAUGAGAAGUGAUAUUUGGUAGAAUAUAAUCUAAAAAUAUUUUUUUGUUGUGGUUCUUUAUAAAAAUAAUUGACUGUAAAGUUAAUUCAUUUAGGAAAACAAUGCUUAUUGGUUACUGACUGGCUCUUUAGGGGGAAAUGAGUCUACAUUGCCCUUGUAUGAUUAAUUAUGUUGUAAAUGAGAGCAAUAGUCUUAAUGUCUAUAACAUAGCCUGAAAGAAAGGACCAAUCAAUAUCAGUAUCAUGUGAACGGUACAUAUGGAAGGGGCGGGGGGGAUUAUUUUACCCAUUUAUGUUUGAAUUUACCUAUUAUGAGUUUAUUACAGACUCAUAUAAAGUAUAAACAUAAUGAAUGAUAAUAAAUAAGACUUAUGUCCCCUUCUUCCUCAUAAUUUCUGCUUUCACACCAAGUAUAUAAAGAAUAUAUCAAUGUAAGAAGUAUACUAUACAUGUAUUAAUUUACAGACAAAUAUUUAUUGACAUGUUUAUCAGUGUUAAAAAAUGAUUUAACAAUCAUAUAGACUUGCAUGUGUUAUGGUAGUACGAGUAUGAUGUAUUGAUUUGAGACAUGUCAGCAGUCAAUACAUUUUGUUUUCUGGAGUGUAAAUUAAAGAAUACCAAAGUUCAUCACCAACCCUAUUCGCACCAGAUAUUCUUUCCAUUACAUUCAUCAUAUUUGAAAUUUAAAUUCUAUAUGUUAUUCAAUUCACAUAAUCCAUCUGAUGUUACCCUAAUCCAGUAGGGUUAGAGUGCAUCACCCACAUCCAACGUAAGUGGUGUUUUUACGAUAAUUUAUUAAUGUAGUCUUCAUCGUGUCACAUUGACCAUUCAAUCUGAAUCAUUUGGUACUUUUCUUGCUCCAUAUUGAUUCUUAUCGAUGAUACUGUAGGCAGCCAGUACAGUGUGUGGUCAUUUAUUAUACUGGCAAAUACAUGUAGUAACAACUAAGGUAUCCUGUGGACAUGUGUUAUGACAGGUUAUACUUUUUUUUUUUUUUAUUAAUCAGGAGUGUUUCUCUUGUUCAUCUUCCACUUUAGGAUUAUAUUUGUGUGUGCAUAAUGACAAAUGUCUGAGAUUUCUAAACUAUUGUUUAAAUGUACAUAGAGCAUGUAAAUAAAAAUCAGUUUACCUUCUUCUGAUAUUGGUGCAGCAGUUA